AUGCUGCCGCAAGUUGCUGUGGUAGGCGCGGGUCCUGCUGGCUUGUUGGCUGCCCUCCUUUUAGCUCAAAGGGGACUGGAUGUCUGUGUAUUUGAGCAAGCUCAAUCUGUAUCUGAAUGGAACAGCAGAUCGUACUCGAUCAACUUGAAUCAGAGAGGGCUGAACUCCUUGCAGCAUGCAGGUCUACUUCAUCAAGUGCAUAAAGAGGCUCUCAUCAGAACAAGGAUAAUUGUCAAGUCAGGAGACAAGGAGAAUGUGAUAGAGCGUAAUCCUCCGCAGUAUGCAAUCACCCGAACUGCUUUGACGAAGCUUCUGACACACGCAUUGCGAGCAAUGCCUAACGCAGACAUCAGCCAUGGUGUUAAGGUAGAUGACCUGAAUGCUCGUGAAAACGGGAAACUUCUAGAGUUGAGUUUGAGUAAUGGUGAUGCAAAAACAUUUUCACACGUGAUUGGAGCUGACGGCAAAUGGUCUGCAAUUCGGACCUGUAGCCCAUUCAAACAUACUGGGGACAAAAGCAAGAUGUACAAAUAUCAGGAAAUCAAAGAAAACUCAUGGGGCGUUUCGUUUAGCCUGACCAGAUGGCCUGAUCAUGUUGAGAAAUCUUUACAUGUUUUGAAGCCGCAAACUCCGCAAAUUGCAAUGUAUCUUAUGCUCGCUCCUUUGCUCGACGGAACGGCGUCUAUUUCCUGGGUAUUGUUCAACGAAAUUUUAGCUUCGUAUCCCUGGCUGCAACCAACGGAUGGUAACAUCAUUUCUUGGAAUGGUGAAUCUGAAAACAAUGAAACCCUGAUGAGAGCAAAAGAAUUGUUGGGCAAGGAGUUUCCAUUCCUAAAAACUGCGGGAAUCUUGGACAAUAUUUGUGACAUGACAAUAAGUCGAAGAGUAUCUUGGAUCAAAGUGGAAGAUUGCCUCAAUGCUUGCAAUGACCGUGUUGUCCUAAUCGGGGAUGCCGGCCACUGUAUGACUCCAUCACUUGGGGAAGGGUGCAAUUGUGCGCUUGAAAGUGCGGCUCGCCUCAGUGAAGCUAUCCAGAAGCACCUCAACGAAGCUGACUCAGCCAUAUCGACAGAUAUUCUAGAUCGCUCGUUCAAAGAAUUCGGAGAGUCACGACUCAAGGAGGUCUUGGAUGUGCAACUGCGAUCGGCUAUGGCAAGCAGCGUUUUUCAGAAUUCGAAGUAG